CGAGGCUAGGUUCUCAGCUCUUAUAAGGCGGACUCCUUCGAUCGCUUUGGAACUUCCGUUUGAUUCUCGUAUAAGAUUGGGUUUUGUCAGAGAGAUUUACCAUAGAACAUCGUAAAUUGACUUCAGUGAAGACUCCCAGCUCGAUUUUGAAGGGUUUGCUUUGAACUUGAGAGGAGCUCGAAGCCACGAUGCAAGCAAUCAAAUGUGUGGUUGUUGGAGAUGGGUAUGCAAUCCUGUUGAUAUGACCUUAAAGAUAUAUAAAUCGCGAAUUCCUUUUCGCUGAACAUUCUUCACUCGUUCGGUUGUUUUAAAAACAUAAUAUACGUUUAGCCGUUCACUUUUACCGUUUGUACGCCCCUAAUCGUAUUAUUUCGGUGUUCAAUGCCAUCGUAAUUUUCACGCUACCGGCGUGUGAAGAUGAUCAGCGUUCUUUUAGUUCCAGCGUUCUGAGAACUUAUCUUCGCUUACUUUAAAUCCUCGCGAUGGAUUCUUUUUAAAAAAUUCAACCUAAAGUGUGAGGUAAGUUUCUAAUUGUUUGCUCGUUUUCUUUUAGUGCCGUGGGUAAAACAUGUUUGUUGAUCAGCUAUACCACAAACGCUUUUCCGGGGGAGUAUAUUCCUACGGUGUAAGUACUAUAUUUCUUUCUCAUCUAGUGUUCUCACAGCGACUUUGUUCGCAGCCGAUUUUAUUUCAACCGUUGAAUCUCUUACUGCUGUUGUUUUGUACUGAGCGAUAGAAUCGAUAAUUCCUAUGGUCAAAAAAAAAACAACAGUUAAAGUCAGGCUAAUGUGAAUUUCUGUCCGCAUCUUUAGAUUUGAUAACUAUUCUGCAAAUGUUAUGGUUGAUGGCAAGCCUAUAAAUCUUGGUUUAUGGGAUACUGCUGGUAAGUUCAGUCUUCAUUUGAUCUGUGGUUCGUUUUUUAAAGCAAAAGAACACAAGAUCUCUAAUAUGCUAUCAAACAGAUACAUCAAGGUGACAUUAUUUAACAAACUUAUCAUAAAUGGUUAUUAAUGGAAAUUCAGAUGCACGUUUACCACGAAGGUUUUCAGGGUAUCAUUUCUUCAUUUAUUCGCGAGACAAAUCAUCAACCUGGAAUGGCAAUUAAUAAUGUUGGCUUAUUUUUUAUUUAGAUUACUAUAGUGAUAGUCCGAGACUCGAUCGUAUUUAUAGUUAAAAGUUGCAUAGUCUAUUACGAUGAAAGUAUCAAAAAAUAUGGUUCACUUUGGUCAACUAACAAAAUGUAUAAACAUUCAAUUAAAUCAGAAAUAAAAAUAAGAUAAUCAAAGUUUACAUAAAACGGUUAUUAUCGCUAUGAAGAGUACAAAAUUGUUUUAUUUCCUUUGCUACAUCGAAUGGCAUUGCAUUUUAUUCAGGCUUGAAAGUCAAAUAACAGGCUAUGAUGAAACUCUGAUUUUUUUCAUGAUUUUGACAACAAUCCUCUUAACAACAGAGUUGGGGGAAAAUUUACUCCCUUAUUUAAGUAUGAUGAAUAUACAUAAUUGUUUAAAAAGCUUCUUUGCUGAAAUCAAAGAUUAAACCAUGCUAACUGCAUCCCAAAAUGUACAUCUAGACAUUACAUUUUCCUGUUUCCUGUAGAGAACAAAUUCCUCCCUCUGAUGUCAUUUAUUUGCUUAGGAAGCAAACUUGGUAAUAUUUGUUGUAGAGAAGACACAAGUUGUUAUUUUUUCCUGUUUUUCUCUUUCGUUUUCUCUCUGAGGAAGAGUAAACAUCUUAAUAAUAAGCAGAUAUUUGUCAUUCUCAUGGAUAAUAAUGAUCCAUUACUUUCAAUUUCUUAUAUUGUAAGAUUUUAUCUGAAACAAUAUGUUUUGCUGUAACAUAUUGAAUGGGUGCAGCUGAAGAAAUUAAAAAAAAAAUCAGUUCAAUGGAAUGGUUGAUCAUUGUGAAGUUAAUUGCAUUUGUCAACAGAGCAAGUGGGACAUUGCUGCAGAAGGAGGUUCCUGUUAGUUUUUAUGGUUUUGCUCUUAGCUUGAAGGGUGAACAUUAUGACAGGCUGAUUCACUUGUAAUGUGGGACAAUUUAAUGGCAUAUUUCCAUGUUUAUAUCUUUUCUCUACAUCUCUCUCCAGUACUUUCCGGAGGAAAUAGAAUAUGGAAACUUUUGAAAUCUACAACUUCCCCCACUUUCUUACCCUUUGUUAUGGAUUUGUAAACUAAUACUGUAAACUAAAAGGGAAAUAUUGAAAAGAAAGAAAUAUUCACCUUAAGAAAUAAAUUUUGUGAUUGUGUCACCAUAUCUAGUCCAGCAAUCUUCCACACUUUUUCUUCUUCAUCCGGGAAUCAGGAAUAUAUCUCAUAACAUAGUGGCUAAUUCUUUAUGGCCAAGUUGGUUUUAUCUGCCAGUGGUUAUUCUAGUUUCUUUCGUAUGAAGCAAGUAACAGUAUGUUCUUACAAGUCAGUAUUUAUAUCUCUCCAUCACAGCCAACCUCUUGGUAUUCUGGGGGUAAGUUUUAGUUGGUUAUGAUGUUUCCUAAAAAUUUCAGUCAUACAUAUUUGCACAUUUUGUGUCUUACAGGACAAGAGGACUAUGAUCGCCUUAGACCUCUCUCUUAUCCACAAACUGUGAGUAUUAGUUUUCUUUGUCUAAUAUUAUUUUAGAAUGGUAAAUCAGUAAUUUACCCUAGCUUUCACCCAAAGUACAACAACAAGAUUUUAUAUGACCUCUCCAUAUAAAGUUGGAUUUUCUUCUCUUUGUUUGUGGGAAGAAUCGUUGUAUUAAUAUACAAGAUAUUUUUUGGGCCAAUGUUAGCUUCAAAUUGAAGGAGCCUAUGGAAAUAACCCUAUGAAAUAGACAAUUAUGCUGUGGUAAGGGUGUAAAUGAUUGUUAAAUUAUUAAAGUACUGAAUUUUCUUCUGUUGCAGGAUGUCUUUCUAAUAUGCUUCUCAUUAAUAAGUCCAGCUUCCUUUGAAAAUGUUCGAGCAAAGGUAAGUUUGGAUUCUAAAUUCCUGAUACAAUAUUCAAGUAUGUUUCUUCAUCAGCUUUCCUUGGCCAUUUUGUCAUUUUUAUCAUCCAUCUUCAGUGUGCAUGUUGAGUUUUUGUCCCUUGUUUACUUUAUUUAUUAUCAUCUCUUUCGUUGGAGUAUGUAACAUAACUUGGUGUGCCCAGCCUUAUUUAGUUCAUGGCAUAUCUUAUUGAUGAAAUUUGAUAUUCAGUCAAGCUAAUCAGGCAAUCACUGUUUGUUUGUAUCAAUUAUCGAUAUCAGUAAUUGAUUGUUGUUAAUCACUCACCAAACUGUCACAAGGUAUUAAGGGGGUUGCUGUGUUGGUGGGGAAGUAUAACAGGGUAAUUUAGUAUUAUCAGCUGAGUUGAUGUAAAUUGGCCAUUAUGAAGAGUUUCAAAAAUGAUAUUUCAAGCAUUAAUCUUUUGUCAUUUGCUCUGUUAAAGGGCUAAUGCUCAAAUUGUCAGCUUUAAAACUCUUUAUGGUGGCCAAUUUAUGUUAUCAACUCAGUUGAUAAUUCCAAAUUACCCAGUCACCAGGUAUUUUUAAAUUCAUCAACAAUCUGCAUACUGUCUUUUGACAGUCUUAUUGUUUUUUCACUUCUUAAACUACUUUUUACAGUACUGUGAUAACUGACCUCUACAGAUCAUAGUUUUCCCUCAAGAGGUUAUGAAUUACAAUUUAUAACCUAGGGUAUGUGAUAUGAUAAGAAAUUUUCCUUUAAGGAAUGUACAACAUCACAAAGUUGUUAUUACAGAUUGGAUAUGUGAUUAUGUAGUAUAAUUAACUUCAUGUACAAGGGUUGUGUAGAUAAGAACUGUUGUUAGUGACAAUGACAGACAAGGUUGAUUGACUAAUACUAAGGAUGAUGUAACUUUUGAUUUGCAGAUUUGCAAUUAUAACUGUUUUAGUUAAUUAAUUGUAUUAGCCAUAGUAUAUUACCUUAAUUUGAUUGUUUAUCAUUCCAGUGGUAUCCAGAGGUAAGCCACCAUUGUCCCAACACCCCAAUCAUCUUAGUUGGUACAAAGCUCGACUUACGGGAUGACAAGGAAACACUCGAGAAACUGAAAGAGAAGAAGCUGUUACCUGUAUUGUAUACCGAUGGCUUAAAAAUGACAAAAGAAAUUAGUGCACAAAAAUACCUCGAAUGCUCAGCUCUUACACAGAAAGGACUGAAAACAGUUUUUGAUGAGGCAAUCAGGGCAGUCCUGUGCCCAACAAUUAAGAAAACAAAGAAGAAAGGUGGAUGUCUACUGCUAUAA